AUGAAAUUUCUUCAAACAAUUAGAUUAUGGAUUUUAUUAAUAAUUAUUCAAAUAUAUACAAUUCAAUCAAAUACUCAAAAAGUUGAUGAUUCUUCGAAUAAUGUCUAUGCAUUACUUGUAAUUGAUGUUCAAUAUUGUUUUAUAAAUGGUUCAUUAGCAUUAAAAAAUAGUCCUGCUAAUCAAGAUGGUGCUGAAGUUGUUCCUAUAAUAAAUGAAUUAAUAAAAACAGUUCCAUUUGAUGUUAUUGCUUAUUCAUUAGAUUGGCAUCCAAAAAAUCAUAUAUCAUUUAUUAAUAAUACAAUUUAUAGAAAUCAAUAUAUUCUAAAUGGACAAUAUCAAGAUUAUAAAAUUGGAGAUACAAUUACUUAUACUGGACCAGAAAGUAGGACAGACCAAGUUUUAUGGGCUGCACAUUGUGUUCAGAAUACAGAUGAAGCAGAAUUAUCUGAUGAUCUUAUUCAUUAUCCAGCCAGUGAUAAAUAUGUUUAUGUAGUUAAAGGUACAGAUCCUGAUAUUGAUAGUUAUUCAGCAUUUUAUGAUAAUAAUAAACUUCAUAUGACACCAUUAAAUGAUGAAUUAAAAAAACGAAAUGUGACACAUGUAUUUGUGGCUGGUUUAGCACUUGAUUUUUGUGUUGGAUCAACAGCAGUUGAUGCGGCGGAUUUAAAAUAUAAAACAUAUGUUAUUAAAGAUGCAUCUCGAGGUGUUAAUGAUGAAACAAUUAAAACAAAAUUAAUUGAAAUGAAACAACAUGGAGUUAAAAUAAUAGAAUCGGACGAUGUUGAAAAUAUUGUUAAACAUAAUCAACAUAGUAAACGAAAAUUUAUUAAUUUUCAACGAAGAAAACAAAUUUAUAAUUUACUUCAACGAAUUUUGGAAAAUGAAUAA